GUGUUUAUCUGCUCGUCGCGCAUACCGCCAUCUCGAUUACAUCUUGCUCUGAUAAGACCAUCAGUUGCAACGUGUCUCCCGUAGUGAAUGAAAGUUUUGCCUCUUGUACCUGCCGAGACUGGAACGCCGGAACCAUGAGCUCCGCUGGAAAGUACGCUGUUUUGAGUGUGUCUGACAAAACUGGCCUCAUCGAUUUGGCGAAAAAGUUAGCAGAUCUUGGAUUCAACUUAGUAGCAUCUGGUGGAACGGCUAAAGCUGUUAGGGAUGCAUCGAUUCCAGUGAGAGACGUUUCAGAUUUAACGAAAUGCAAAGAAAUCUUGGGAGGCCGUGUCAAAACUUUACAUCCAGCUAUAUUUGGAGGAAUUUUAGCUAGAGGAACUGAAGCUGACAAGAAAGAGAUUGCUGAUAUUGGUUAUGAACUCAUUAGCAUUGUUGUCUGUAACUUGUACCCUUUUGAAAAAACUGUUGCGGAUCCCAAAGUCACCGUUGAGAAUGCCAUUGAAAACAUUGAUAUCGGUGGUGUCACAUUGCUACGAGCUGCUGCCAAAAAUAAUGACCGCGUUUUAGUGGUUUGCGAUCCUAGUGAUUACAAUUCUGUAAUUGAAGAAAUAAAAAAAUCUCCAACCAAAGAAGCACCCAUUGACUUUAGGAGGAAAAUGGCACUGAAAGCAUUUACCCACACAGCCAGCUAUGAUGGAGCAAUCAGCGAUUAUUUCCGCAAAAACUUAACCGACCACGCAUCUCAAUUCAACCUGCGAUACGGUACCAAUCCACACCAACACCCUGCUCAAAUGUACACCACACUGCCAGAACUUCCAAUGAAAGUGAAAAACGGAAGUCCUGGCUACAUCAACUUAUGCGAUGCCCUGAAUGGGUGGCAACUAGUCAAAGAAUUGAAGGAAGCGCUUUCACUCCCAGCAGCUACUUCAUUCAAACAUGUCAGUCCUGCCGGUGCCGCUAUUGGUGUUCCUUUAACAGACUUGGAGGCCAAGUCUUACAUGCUGAAUGAGAAACCUGAAACACUAACUCCUUUAGCUAAUGCAUAUGCCCGAGCCAGAGGUGCGGAUAGAAUGUCGUCUUUCGGUGACUUUAUUGCUUUGUCUGAUGUCUGUGAUCUAGCUACUGCUAAAAUUAUUUCAAGAGAGGUCUCCGAUGGAGUCAUUGCACCUGGUUAUACCCAAGAAGCCUUCAACUUGUUGAAAGCGAAAAAGAAUGGCAGUUAUUGUAUGUUGGAAAUAGAUCCCAAUUAUGAACCAUCUGAGAAGGAAGUAAAAACUGUAUUCGGCCUCACCCUAGAGCAAAAGCGGAACACGGCCAAAAUUGAUAGCAGUCUGUUUGCUAACGUUGUGACAAAAAAUAACAAGCUUUCGCAGGAAGCCCUUAGAGAUUUGAUUGUAGCCACUAUCACGGUAAAAUACACGCAGAGUAAUUCAGUAUGCUUUGCCUUGAACGGUCAAGCCAUUGGUAUUGGAGCGGGACAGCAGUCUCGAAUCCACUGCACAAGACUAGCUGCAGACAAGGCUGAAAAUUGGUGGCUCCGCCAGCACCCAUACGUAAUUAACAUGGCCUUCAGAUCAGCUGCCACUCGUCCCGAAAAAUCUAAUGCAAUUGACAAUUACAUUUGUGGUAACGUAGGGCGAGAAAUUGACCAUGAGUCCUGGGUUAAAUCGUUCGAAAAAGAACCUCCCAAGUUAACCGCAGAGGAAAGGAAAUCUUGGGUCGAUAAGAUGAAGGAUGUUGCCCUCUCCUCUGACGCAUUCUUCCCCUUCCGUGAUAGUAUUGACCGCGCACGAAUGAGCGGCGUAUCGUACGUUGUAAGUCCCAGUGGGUCCAACAACGACAAAUUGGUCAUCGAGGCAUGUGAUGAGCACAACAUUCUUCUGGCUCAUACGAAUCUUAGAUUAUUCCACCACUAAAGAAACAUUCCAUCGUUAGGCAUUUAUCAAUUUAUGUUGUUCUGUCAUGCCUUAGUCCCUCUUGAGGAUCUCACUUUCCCCUUUUUACCAUUGUAAUUUUAUAAUGUUAAUCGUACUUUAAACUUUUUUAAGCUCUCAUGAGCUGAAUUUUCAUCAUUGUUUUUAAAUUAAUAUUUUUUUUAGAAUUUUUUUGUCAAAGUGUUAUUUCUAAAUGUUCCGCUAGAUUUUUGUUGCUGAUGAUAAUUCAUUUUUAAAAUACUCAAGUAAAUUCAUUUUUAUA